CGCGGCUGCGAGCACGUGGUUUAAAGACGUCGCUCCUUUUCCCAAGAGGCAGUGCGGUUUUGGUAGAGGUGAAAAUGGCGGCCAGGGUACCCGUUUCAGCUGGCAGUCGUCUGUUUGAGAGAGUUCGCAAAUGGUAUUACAAUGCACAAGGAUUCAACAAAUACGGAUUAAGGCGUGAUGAUAUACUAAAUGAAACUGAUGUUGUCAAAGAAGCUAUAAAGAGACUUCCAGAAGAUGUAUAUUAUGAGAGAAUAUUUCGCAUCAAGAGAGCAGCCCAAUUGAGUCUGACACAUGAGAUCCUUCCUAAAGAUCAGUGGACAAAAUAUGAAGAGGAUAAGCCUUAUCUAUGGCCACAUGUGGUGGAAGUCAUGCGUGAAAGACGUGAAAAAAAAGAAUUCAGAGAUAAAUAAUUUUCUGUCAUUUAUUUAAGCAAAUAUUUUCUUUAGAAUGUAAUUUGUUUGGCCAGAGAUUUUGAAUAUUUCAAAUACUGAGCAAGAAUUCUUUGCUUAGUAAUACUUGGUCAUCCGGUUCAAAUAAAUGUUACCAACUCUUUUUGGAAUCUUGUUUCCUAAGGUGCAAAGAACUGGUUACAACCUUUUCAGCCACAUUACAUGUUAACAUGAUGAUCUGCAAUUCAUUCCAGUUGUUUGAGUAAUUCUUUUUGUCAUAAUACAGACGUUUCCUGCAGUUGGGAGGUUAGAUAAGCAACUAUCCCUUUCUGUUUCUGCUAUUCCAACUCUCUUAAAAAAAGAGGUGUUCGUGUGCAUAAUGACUGUAUAUAUUUAGCUCCUGGAGAUGGAAAUAGAGAUAUAAAAAUUAUGUCAGAGCUGCAAAAUCAGGAUCACAUACUUUCCAUCAUAUCUUCCCAGAAAGAUGGAAUGUUCUAUUGAUAUGUUUAUGAAAACUGUAAUUCCUGCCAAAUUUCAAAUCCAAUCAUAUCACAUAAUCUGAAUUAGUCAUUUAAUUAAUUUAUUAAAUAGUUGAAUGCAACUUCAGUCUUGACAGAUUACUUAAACAUACCAUCUUGGGUUCAUUUUGCAGAAAGAUUCCAUUAAACUUGGUCAAUGUUGGCAUUCAAAAUUUCUUUAUUAAGUUGAAACGUGUACUGUAUAAAGAUUGGUCUCUCACUGGCAGUAAGUUAUUGCAAUGGGGUAAACUCUAAACAUGAAUAAAAAUAUUUGUUUUCUG